AUGCUCUGGAACACCGACCCAUAUUUGCCGACUUUCCAGGGCGUGACUCCAGUUUUCGUGCCAACAGGUGUGAAACAUCUCCAUCAUGCCGCUAUGAAGUUCGAUAUUGGCAUCUACUUCGAGGCAAAUGGACACGGAACCGUGGUGUUCAGCGAAAAGUUUGACCAGCUGAUAAGAAAGGAUGAGCAGUCAUGUGAUGCUGUGAAGCGACUACACUACCUCUCUGUUGUUAUUAACGAGGUCGUUGGUGAUGCCAUGGCAGAUCUUCUGGUGGUUGAAUCGCUGCUGCGUUGGUAUGGCUUCUCUAUCGAGGACUGGGAACAAGCACUGUACAGAAAUGCGCCUAAUGUUCAAAUUAAAGUGCCGGUCGUCGACCGUGCCAAGUACAAAACCACCUAUGAAGAGACGGUCUUGCUCGAGCCUGAAGGUGUGCAGGAGAAAAUAAACGCUCUCGUUGCUCAAUACAAGGGUGCACGAGCGUUUAUAAGGCCAUCUGGUACGGAGAAUAUUGUUCGUGUGUAUGCAGAAGCAGGGACAUCGGAAGAAGCGGAAGCUCUCGGUCAUAGCUUAGCAGAUCUAAUAAAAGGGUUAUGA